GUUCUCUAAUGCGUUUUUCCCGGGGAUAAAUUCAUAUAACUUCAAAUCCCAAAAAGAAUUAAAUUAAACACGUCGGCAGAUACGAAGAAGCAAUAUCUUCUUUUAAUGUGAGGAAAACGAGUAGAUACAGAGAUUCAAUUUCGAACACGUAUUACCCAUAAAAACGACCUCUCUCUAUCAUUAAGACAAAAAAGCUUCACACUUUCCUUAGCCCAUUAUAAACGCUUCAUUUCUAUAUAAACAUCUCUUAUCUUGUUGAAAAUCUCUCGCAGCUUUUGAAAAACAUGACCUUUCUAAAAAUGAAAAGCCUUUCUUUCUUCUUCACCAUCCUCCUCUCUCUCUCGACCCUCUUCACCAUCUCCAACGCACGGAAGUUUAAUGUCGGAGGCAGUGGCGCGUGGGUUACAAACCCACCUGAAAACUACGAAUCUUGGUCUGGCAAAAACCGUUUCCUUGUUCACGACACUCUCUAUUUUAGCUACGCUAAGGGAGCUGACUCGGUGCUAGAGGUGAACAAGGCUGAUUACGACGCUUGUAAUACAAAGAAUCCGAUCAAAAGAGUGGACGAUGGAGAUUCUGAGAUCUCUCUUGAUCGUUAUGGUCCGUUUUACUUCAUCAGUGGCAAUGAAGAUAACUGUAAGAAGGGUCAAAAGCUUAAUGUCGUUGUCAUAUCUGCUAGGAUUCCAUCAACGGCUCAGUCUCCUCACGCCGCUGCACCGGGAAGCUCUACGCCGGGAUCAAUGACUCCGCCGGGAGGAGCCCACUCGCCUAAAUCUUCCUCCCCUGUUUCUCCGACGACUUCUCCUCCGGGAUCGACUACUCCGCCUGGAGGAGCUCACUCGCCUAAAUCUUCAUCAGCUGUCUCUCCGGCGACUUCUCCUCCAGGAUCAAUGGCGCCUAAAUCCGGCUCCCCUGUUUCUCCGACGACUUCACCACCGGCACCACCUAAAUCCACGUCCCCUGUUUCCCCAUCCUCUGCUCCGAUGACUUCACCGCCGGCACCAAUGGCACCUAAAUCAUCUUCAACUAUUCCUCCGUCUUCUGCUCCGAUGACUUCACCACCUGGAUCAAUGGCACCUAAAUCUUCAUCCCCUGUUUCAAACUCACCCACCGUUUCUCCAUCGUUGGCUCCGGGAGGCUCUACUUCUUCUUCACCGUCAGAUUCUCCGUCAGGCUCGGCGAUGGGUCCUUCAGGAGAUGGUCCAUCAGCCGCUGGUGAUAUCUCUACGCCGGCUGGAGCUCCAGGGCAGAAAAAAUCGUCGGCGAAUGGUAUGACCGUUAUGUCGAUUACUACGGUUUUAAGUUUGGUUUUGACCAUCUUUCUGUCAGCUUAAGAACACUUGUGAGACUUGUUUCAUGUCGGAUUCGAUUUGUUCUUGUUUCGGUUGAGUUUCCAACUUUGUUUUAAAUUGUUUUUGGAUCCCAGUUUGAUUCUGUAUUAUUCAGUAUAGUUGGAUUGUUUUGUUAUAAAUAAUAGACAGUUCUAAACAUGAUAACUCCACUUAUACCAACAUUAUGUGAUACAUCAUACUUAUAUAUUAAUUACAUUUACAUGUGAAUGCAUAAGGUUAGUGUUGAAACUCAAUGUCGCAUCUCAAACUCAAACGCAAUGAGGUCGUUUAAUCUGUUCUCCAAGAAUAUUUUGAAGUAGAGAGUUUGUAAUACUAGGACCUAACCAACAAAGUAGUAGUAAAGUUUAAUGCUGUUUAGUUCGUUCAAUAAUUUAGAGUUGCAUGGAUAAUGGAUUGAUACAAAGUUGGGUCGUACGAAGCUUGCAUUUACAUAUAUAGUUCAAUGCUUUUACAAUCACAUUUGGCUAAUGCAAGAAAGUUACUUUUCAAUUAAU